UUAGUUACAUUUUAAGAUAAAACAAUUAGAAUCAACGAUGUGGGAUCUACCACGCCUGAGUGCAUCGCUACGCGCAAAUACUGACCUUGAAUUAAGAAGCCAACGCAUCUGUAGACUACGCAAUGAGCAUUGCCGAAUUUCCACGACAGCAGAAACGUAUGACACGAAAAAGGCGCAUACGAAAAGCGAACAAAGCAUUUCACAGCUUCUGGCGCAGUUUCCGCGAGACAAGCAACCGGCAGCUAAGGUGCAGCUACAAAAACUGCGCAAUCUCGUGCAUGAAUGCAUGGGCUACGAGGAGCACCCACAGGUGGUUGAACACGCAUCUCUCUAUUUGUUUUGGCUGCUGCUCGAUCAGCGGGUCAUGCUGGUGUCCACCACAAACCGGCUUCAGAGCGUUUUUGGCAAUGUGUUCGAUAAGAAGCGCACCGAAAUACACGAAUGUGUGCUGUCCUUGAGGGACACUCUAGAGGAUUUUGAAUGCGCAGCGCUCAAACGUUGGCAGCAAACACAAAGCAAAGAGAAUGAAGCAACUCAACGCCCGUUAUGGGGCGAAGAUGUGCACGUGAUCUGCCGUCAUGCCGAAUGGAUGGAUACUGGUCUACUAACCAAUCUUUCUCCGGAUGUUUUGCUAAAGAAUCGCACUGUCAAAAAAUUCUCCAUGAAGUACAAAGAGCAGCAGAACGCGAUAGCUCCACUCGCGGACACCAAACUUAGUGCUGAGCUAAACGCACUACUAGGAAUAGCUGAAAAAGUGGGCGAUGAGCAUUUACUUAAUCGCGUCGGCGACAUGCUCAGCUCUAAGCGCAGCAGCGAUGAUCUGCAGAAUGAGCUCAUGGAGCUGCUCGGCUUUGAGCACUUUGAAUUGGUCGGUCAGCUGCUGCAAGAGCGUAGAAAUAUGGUCAAGCAACUGGAAAAUUGUGUGACCCGUACGCGUCGAGUUAAGGAAGUUAAACAAAAGCGUCUCAAUGCGAGGUCAGAAGCUGGUGCUGCCAAUGAGAAGCGACCUACUGUUGCCAGCGCUGUGGUGGUGCAAUCAGAACAAGAGAAACAGCUUGGCAAGUUGCAAAGACGCGAAGAGAAAAAACUGCAGCGAGUUAUGAAAAGCAUUAAAGACGAUGAACAAGAUGACGGAUGUGCGGUGGCGGUGUCAGCGGCAAAGCUACGAUUGCAACAUCAGCGGAACUUGCUCGAGGCGGCACAGCGAGAACCGUUACUUCACACCACCAAAUCUAUCAAAUCGGAGUAUCAGCAACAAAGACAAAAUGUCCACUACACCGUACAUUAUCCGUAUGUCUUUGAUAGCCAAAUGAAUGCUAAGCAGCAUGCCGGCUUCAUUGGUGGCAGUCGCAUUACGCUACCAGAAAAUUCACAUCGCGUGGACAACAAACAGUGGGAAGAGGUGAAAAUACCGGCCAACGACCCUCCUCCACUAGCCGUAGGUCAUAAGCGUGUUCAAAUAUCCGAACUGGACGACGUGGGUCGUUUGGCUUUCGCAAACUGUAAGGAACUUAAUCGAAUACAGUCUGUUGUUUAUCCUGUUGCCUACCACAGCAAUGAGAAUAUGCUGGUCUGUGCGCCAACAGGUGCCGGUAAAACGAAUGUGGCAAUGCUAGCAGUGGUGCAUGCCAUACGCUCGCAUCUAGAGAACGGCGUUAUCAAUCGUGAUGAAUUCAAAAUAGUAUAUAUAGCGCCCAUGAAGGCCCUCGCUGCGGAAAUGGUGGACAAUUUUUCAAAACGUCUUAAAUCGCUGAACAUUGUCGUUCGUGAACUGACGGGUGACAUGCAGCUGACGAAGGCAGAGAUGACAGCAACUCAAAUAUUAGUAACCACACCAGAAAAAUGGGAUGUGGUUACCAGAAAAGGCAGCGGAGAUGUAGCUUUAAUCAAUUUGGUAAAGCUGCUCAUCAUCGACGAAGUGCAUUUGCUUCAUGGGGAACGUGGGCCAGUGGUUGAAGCUUUGGUCGCACGCACACUACGUCUUGUGGAGUCCUCACAAUCUAUGAUACGCAUUGUAGGUCUGUCCGCCACAUUGCCCAAUUACAUAGAUGUAGCGCAGUUUUUACGUGUUAAUCCCAUGAAGGGGCUAUUCUACUUCGACUCACGCUUCAGACCCGUACCGCUUGAUACUAACUUCAUUGGCAUUAAGUCGGUGAAACCGUUGCAACAGAUCACAGAUAUGGAUCAGUGCUGCUACCAAAAGUGUGUUGAGAUGGUACAACAGGGUCACCAAGUGAUGGUCUUUGUGCAUGCCCGAAACGCCACUGUGCGCACGGCGAACAUGUUGCGGGAGCUAUCACAGCAGAACAACACAAGCGCGCUCUUCCUGCCCUCCGAUUCGAAUGCUUUUGGUCUUGCCUGCCGCUCCAUACAAAAGAGCCGGAAUAAACAGCUUGUGGAUCUUUUCUCUUGCGGCUUGGCCAUGCAUCACGCAGGUAUGCUGCGUGCCGAUCGUCAAAUGGUUGAGAAAUACUUUGUCGAAGGGCACAUCACAGUCCUGGUGUGCACUGCCACACUGGCCUGGGGCGUGAACCUGCCCGCCCAUGCAGUCAUAAUACGCGGCACAGACAUUUACGAUUCAAAGCACGGCACUUUUGUGGAUCUUGGCAUCCUGGAUGUACUACAGAUCUUCGGGCGCGCCGGCAGGCCCCAGUUCGACAAGAGUGGUGUGGGAACCAUUAUAACCACCUAUGAUAAACUGAAUCAUUACCUCUCACUGCUCACCAAUCAGUUCCCGAUUGAAUCGAAUUUUGUUCAGUGUCUGGCCGAUAAUUUAAAUGCCGAAAUUGGACUGGGUACUAUUUCAAAUGUGGAGGAGGCCAUUGAGUGGCUAAGCUAUACAUAUCUGUUCGUGCGCAUGCGUAAGAACCCGCUUGUCUAUGGAAUUGAGUAUGCAGAGCUGCAGAAGGAUCCGAUGUUGGAAGCGCGACGACGGUCCCUCAUCAUGUCCGCAUCGAUGAGUUUGGACAAGGCGCGCAUGAUGAGGUUUAAUCAACGCACAAUGGACAUGAACAUCACAGAUUUGGGUCGUACUGCCUCGCAUUUCUACAUCAAAUAUGAUACCGUUGAGAUUUUCAAUGAGCUAAUGAAGCCGUUCAUGAACGAGGCUGAGAUCCUGGCCAUGAUUUCGCAAGCUCAGGAAUUCCAACAGCUUAAAGUACGGGACGAUGAACUGGAGGAGUUGGAUGAUCUGCGCCGUAGCUACUGCAAACUAAAGGCAUUCGGUGGCAGUGAGAAUGUUUGCGGCAAGGUUAACAUACUCAUACAGACAUAUCUUUCGAAUGGGUAUGUCAAAUCCUUCUCGCUCUCCUCAGACAUGUCCUACAUCACACAGAACGUUGGUCGUAUUGCAUGCGCCCUCUUCUCAAUUGUUCUGCGUAACAACAACGCCAUUCUGGCAGGCCGAAUGCUACAGAUGUGCAUAAUGUUUCAGCGCAAGCAAUGGGAUUGUGACAGCCACAUGCGGCAAUUUCCAACUAUCAACGCCGAGACCAUAGACAAGCUGGAACGGCGUGGUCUAAGCGUUUAUCGAUUGCGCGAAAUGGAGCAGCGCGAGUUGAAGGAAUGGCUACGGAGCGAUCGCUACGCCGAGCAAGUGAUACGAUCGGCGCGCGAGCUGCCAAUGCUUGAUGUGGAGGCCAACCUGCAGCCCAUCACUCGCACCGUGCUGCGCAUUAAGGUGGAAAUUUGGGCCAACUUCAAUUGGAACGAUCGUGUGCACGGCAAGACCAGUCAAAGUUUCUGGCUGUGGAUUGAGGAUCCGGAGUCUAAUUACAUUUACCACUCGGAGCUGUUUCAAGUCACACGAAAGGUAGUCUUAAGCGGGCAAUCGCAGCACCUGGUGAUGACCAUUCCGCUGAAGGAGCCGCUGCCGCCACAAUAUUACAUACGCGUUAGCAGCGAUUCCUGGCUGGGAAGCCCAACAUGUGUGCCGCUUUCAUUUCAACAUCUGGUGCUGCCGGAACAUCAUCCGCCGCUGACGGAAUUGCUGCCCUUGCGUCCUUUGCCCGUCAGUUGCCUGAAUAAUGCACUGUACGAGUCGCUCUACAAAUUUACGCACUUCAAUCCAAUCCAGACACAAAUCUUUCACUGUCUUUAUCAUACGGACAACAAUGUGCUGCUCGGUGCACCCACAGGCUCCGGCAAAACGAUUGUCGCUGAAAUUGCGAUCUUUCGGAUGUUGAAUCUGAACCCUAAGUCUAAAAUAGUGUACAUUGCACCGUUAAAAGCGCUAGUCAAGGAACGCAUUGGUGAUUGGAAACAACGAUUUGAGAACUCAUCGCUGGGCGUAAAAGUAGUGGAGCUCACAGGUGAUGUGACGCCGGAUAUUCAGGCCAUACGGCAGUCGCAGGUGAUUGUAACCACGCCAGAGAAAUGGGACGGCAUCAGUCGAUCUUGGCAAACGCGCGAGUAUGUGCAGGAUGUAUCUUUAAUAGUCAUCGACGAAAUCCAUCUGCUUGGUGAGGAUCGUGGACCUGUUAUUGAAGUUAUUGUGUCCCGGACAAACUUCAUUACCUCGCACACUGGUCGAUCUAUUCGAAUUGUUGGUUUGUCGACGGCCCUGGCGAAUGCGCAAGAUCUGGCCAAUUGGCUGGGCAUCACCAAAAUGGGACUGUACAACUUCAAGCCUUCCGUGCGACCCGUGCCGCUGCAGGUGCACAUCAAUGGCUUUCCCGGCAAGCAUUAUUGUCCGCGCAUGGCUACAAUGAAUCGUCCAACAUUUCAGGCGAUACGCACCUACUCGCCAUGUGAGCCUACCAUUGUGUUUGUCUCCUCGCGUCGUCAGACACGUCUCACAGCCCUCGAUAUCAUCACCUAUGUAGCUGGCGAUGAAAACCCAAAGCAAUUCCUGCACAUAGCCGAGAAUGAAAUGGAACUUAUAUUACAGAACAUACGCGAUCAGAACCUUAAGUUUUGUCUCGCAUUCGGGAUUGGUCUGCAUCAUGCUGGUCUGCAGGAACCGGAUCGCAAAUGUGUUGAGGAGCUGUUCCUCAAUCGUAAAAUUCAAGUUCUCGUGGCCACAGCCACCUUAGCCUGGGGUGUUAAUCUUCCAGCACAUUUGGUCGUCAUCAAGGGCACAGAGUAUUUUGACGGCAAGGUGAAGAAGUAUGUGGACAUGCCCAUCACAGAUGUGCUGCAGAUGAUGGGACGCGCCGGUCGCCCACAGUUCGACAAUGAAGGCGUGGCCGUCGUUCUGGUGCACGAUGUGAAGAAGAAUUUCUAUAAAAAGUUCCUGUACGAUCCAUUCCCAGUGGAAUCCAGUUUACUGGGCGUUCUGCCAGAACAUAUAAAUGCCGAAAUUGUCGCCGGCACAGUCCAAACUAAACAGGCGGCCCUGGACUAUCUUACUUGGACGUAUUUCUUUCGCCGUCUGCUGCGCAAUCCCACAUAUUAUCAGCUGGAUGGCAUUGAGCCUGAGGAUGUGAAUAAGUUCAUGUCAGGUCUGGUGGAGCGCGUAGUUUACGAACUGAUGGGGGCAGCUUGCGUGGUGGAACGUGAGGGUUUUCUGGUUCCCACUUUCCUGGGGCGUAUCUCUUCAUUCUACUACCUAUCCUACCGUACAAUGCAGCAUUUUCUCGAAGACUUGCAGGGGGGAAUGGGCACAAAGGAUGUGCUGUUAGCCAUUACCGAUUCGUAUGAAUUCGAUCAACAGCCUGUGCGCCACAACGAGGACAAAUACAAUGAGCAAAUGGCGGAAAAGAGUCGUUAUCGACCGCCCUCGGCUAGCUGGGACUCCCCGUAUACAAAGACAUUCCUGCUGCUACAGGCACACUUUGCGCGACAAUCUCUUCCCAACUCCGAUUACCUUACCGAUACCAAAUCUGCUUUGGACAAUGCCACGCGCGUUAUGCAAGCCAUGGUGGAUUACACUGCUGAGCGGGGUUGGCUCUCCACGACGCUGGUGGUGCAACAUCUGAUGCAAUGCAUUAUACAGGCGCGCUGGUUCGACGAAUGCGAGUUCCUUACACUACCCAACGUCAGCGAGGCAAAUGUCGACGCGUUCUUUAAAGUCCAACACGAUCAGGACUAUUUGACGCUACCGGUUCUGAAGGAUAUUUGCCGUAAAGACUACGAAGUGCUUGCGCAACCGCUACGGGAUGCAUUUGAAGAGCAUGAAAUCGAGCAUAUUUACCGAGUUCUUCAAGAUCUGCCCGAAAUUGCUGUGCAAUUUUCAGUGGAGGGUCGUUUUUUGGAGGAUGAAUACGCAAAACGCAGCUUGCCACUUACUCCUGGUUCCGAUACGUGGACACAAUUGCAUGCCAAUGAAGACUACGUGCUCAAUAUUGAUCUGCAGCGCUUAAAUACCGCACGUCGACCAAUUGGACAUUAUCCCAUAUAUUGCCCCAAAUAUCCGAAGCCUAAAAACGAGGCUUGGUUCCUAACACUUGGAUCGCAAGCCAACGAUGAGCUGCUAGCCAUGAAACGCGUCAGUUUGCGCAGCACACGCUCCUCCAAUCGAAUUUCUUUUCAAGCCACACCUCGUCGAGGUCGCCUGCUGCUAACAUUGUAUCUAAUGUCGGACUGCUUGAUAGGCUUCGAUCAGCAGUACGACCUACAAUUUGAGAUUAUUGAUGCAAAGGCGUAGUAUUUAUAAUUAUAAUAACUAUAAUUCAAAUUUUUGAAUAAUUUAUAUGCAUAAACACAACUGUGAAUAA